GCAGCAGGAUUGCAUGAUCAGCAGAAAGACCUUCGUUUUCCACCAAGACACGUAACGGACACGGUGCGUGCAGAAAGAGAUGUGCAGCAGCAGCAGCAGGGCGGUGUGCAUGCGCUGCACAAACACACUGUCCACUCCGCUUCAACACGCACCAGCACGUCGCGCAGGAGCCUCCGACGCGCAGGGAUUAUUCUAAUCUGGGAUCUCUCUUCCAGAAGGCCCAGAAGCCCAGGGCUCUCUGGAAAUCUGCCAUGUGACAUUUGGCUGUCAGCGCUCUGUCACAAGGUCAAAGAGGCCCCGGUGCACAUUUCACGGAAAGUAUGCAGCACAACAACACCCAGCACUUUUUCGGCGAGCGUCACGGAGGCGUCAGUGGGUUUGUGCACGGCUACAAAGAAGCGCAGCAGCCGCCUGGACAACCGGAGGCCAGCAGACAGCGCACGUUUGACUGCGCGCUGCAGACGUUCAGCAACAAAUCACAGCUUCCCCGGAGGUCAAAGCAGCCAAACUUAAAAUUAUCUCCAAGCAAAAAUAUUUUCCCGUGGAUGAAAGAGUCCAGACACGCGAGUCAGAAAGACGACAGAAGAAUCGCAGAGUGCACCUUGAAUGAGAAGCGUCCAAGCGCGACCUCGGCCUGCAAGAGGACGCGCACCGCGUACACGAGCGCGCAACUGGUGGAACUGGAGAAGGAGUUCCACUUCAGCCGCUACCUGUGCAGGCCACGGCGGGUGGAGAUGGCCGGGCUGCUCAACCUCCACGAGAGGCAGAUCAAGAUCUGGUUCCAGAACCGGAGGAUGAAGCAGAAGAAAGACGAGAAAGUGAAGGGCUUCAACCCCUCCUCCUGCUCCUCCCCAUCCUCCCCUUCCAGCCCCACGCUCUCCAGACUGGGAUAUGUCCACCUGGGCGUGGAUUUCCAUCUGGCCUCCCCUCAGCUCAGGUCCCAACAACAAUCGGCGCAUGCACCGUCUGCAGAGUACUCCAAAUAUUGCGAGGCUCUGCAAGGCGGAUUUACGCACGACCCGCUGUUUGACGCGCAGUGCACGUCAAACGCAAAUGUGCGCAUAAAUGACCUCAGCGGGUCAUAUUUCUCACAGAACUGCACUCCCCAGGACAGAAUCCUCCAGGCUCCGAAGCUGACUCAUCUGUAGCAGAUUUGUGAAGUCAUCAUCUCACUGCGUGUCCAGCACACUUUCUAUAUUUAUUUAUUUGAAUA